CGAAGUCAGGUCCACACCUACAAAAUAUACGACAAAUGGAAGUUAAGACGAUGAAUGUCUUUGAACACUUUCGGAAAUCACCAUCUGAGUCGUUCUCUUCGUCGAGGUCGGCUUCCUUGAAAGACCUAAAGGAUUUAGCUACUCGUCCUAUUGCAUCGAAUUCGCGAGUACGGAGGGAUGAGAAAUAUAGAAGGGAUAUGUACCUUGCUUUCAUUGAUAAUGCGCUGAAUCAGAAGGCUCGGGGGAUAAACGAACAUUAUGAUGACCUCGUACGACAAUUUAGCCCGACUUCUUUAUCAGCUGCUGGACAGGCACCGCAAUCGGCGGACCAGCAACAGCUGCGCGGGUAUCUCACUGCACUUACACAUGUUGUGUCGAAACUCGACCGCGCGCAUUUUUCACUUGUGGAUGCGAUUGUGAGUAUGCCUUGGACGACGAUGGACUCGGCAUUUGUCAAGACGUAUAUAUCAUUUGUUGGGAUGCUUGUCAGUGCUAGACCGGAGUAUCUUACGCUCGUAUUGGAGAGAGCUGCGCAGAGUUUGACAUACUACUCUGCUCGCAAAGCACUUGAUUCCGGUUUUGCUGAAAGUUCAUCUUCACCUUUGACUCGGCGUAUUGUGUACGACCGAGUACACAGUCUUGUCGCACAGCUACUUGAGCUCAUCCCAACCCUACCAUCGGCUUUGUAUCCUCUCCUCGCGCGUAACUUUCCUCACAAGCGGCAGCGCGAGGCAGAACAUGUGACAUAUAUUCGCAACCUCCUUCGAUUAUCGGAUUAUUGCCCAGAAUUGUGGGAUCGCAUAUUGGGUCUCGUCGUUGAUAGGACUCUGCAAAUCGACGUUGAGAUUCAAGUUGAGCUUGAAGAACUUGAAGCAGAAGGCGCAGAUGAAGAACCAGAGGAGAUUUUUCAUUUGGACUUGUUCGAUACAAUUAUCGGACAGGAAGCCAAUGACUCGGACUCUGAGUCGGAGGAUGAAGACGAUGGUGGGAUUAGUGACUUGUCAACCGAUGCGGGAAGUGAUAGUGACGCCGACGCGCAGGAAGAACAGAUGAACGUGAAACAUGUCCGGGACAUGGUGUCUAAACUCGAUAGUAUACUUGAAGUUAUUUUCAAACAUCUUGACCGCUUACAUUCAGCGAUCGUUGCGCCUUCGGAGACGCUAGAGACUACCAGGUCCUCGCCGGCCUCGAAUGAUGUACCUUCUGAAGGGCCCAACGAUGUUCCUGUGCCAAGCGCCAACCCACUCUCAGCAUCAACCACAAAACGUCAAGCACUUGCCGAAUCACACUUCCACGCACUUCUUUCCAUCUUUGAACGCACGAUCCUUCGCACGUUCAAGUCCCGCUACACCCAGUUCCUCAUUUUCUGGUACUCAUCUCUCGACACGCAGUUUCGAGACCGGUUCCUAGGGACAAUCGUCUCUGCGGCGUUGCUCGAACCUUCACAACCAGUCGUCACACGAGCGGCAGCUGCAAGUUAUGUCGCAAGCUACGUAAGUCGAGCUGCAUUCGUUGCGCGUGGAGAAACACAGAUGGUCGUACGUGUGCUGUGCCAGUUCCUCGAGACGCAUCUGGAUGAGUUCGAGGCGUAUGCGAAACAGGCGGCAAAUGCUAGGAGUUCUGGCUAUGAGGUCCUGAAUCAGCAGAGUGCGGAGCAGCAUGCUGUCUUCUACGCCGCAGCACAGGCGAUGUUCUUGAUCUUCUGCUUCCGCUGGCGUGAUCUUACACAGCGGGACGAGAACGACGCAGAUAUUGAGGAGUUUGAGGACGUAGCAACCAUCAAUGGUGGUGUCGCUCAUCGUGCGUGGAUGCCAGAGCUCAAGGCCAUGCAGCGGGUUGUAAAUUCGGCGCUUAAUCCUUUGAAGGUGUGUUCCUCGAACGUCGUACAACAAUUUGCACGAGUCGCACAACGGGUGGGGUUUAUCUAUUGUUUCUCCAUUCUCGAAGCAAACCGACGUUCCGAAUAUGCGUCAGACUCAAAGAAUGUCUCUGCUUCUGACUCUAAUCCAGCAUUAUGGGUUCAGUCCUUUGAUGCAGACCUCACGACGUUCUUCCCGUUCGAUCCGUUCAAGCUAUCGCGUUCUUCUGCAUACAUAGAGGGUAUUUAUCGGGAAUGGGCGUCUGUUGCUAUAGAUGACAGUGAGGACGAGGAUGAGGAUGAUGAAGACCAUGAAGACGAAGUAGAAGAGGGUGAAGGAGGUGAAGUUGACGGUACUUUGCCUGUCGACGAGGACCUGCAUAUGCAUGGUCCGGCGAGCUUCGUUAGUGAUGCUGGAGGGCUAGGCGAAUCUUUUGGAGGGAUGAGCAUUAGUCCUGCUCAGCCUCAGGGAAUUGCAGCAGCGUAAUAGAGAGGAUCUUCUUACUAGCAUAGUUUUUUUCCUUCCUUUCCUUCAGUGUUUGUUUGCUUUGCUUGUAAGUUAUGGUUUUCACGCUGUUUUCAUCUGGCUUUUUUUUUUCGUUUACACUGCCUUCCCUGUUUGUCCGAUGAGGAUAAUAUAUUCAUGUAUCAUAGAUGAGUUUAUUG